AUGUGGGAAUCUGUUGGUCCACAACAGAACCCAUUCGAGGCCGGAUACUUUUCCCAAAGCUCCUUCGUGGCAUAUUGUGUUGGCGCUGAGGAGUUGCUUUUUGAAACAAAGAGCACCACGAAGAGGGCCGAAACUAUGGUUUUUGAGAAGUACUCAGUUAUGCCCAUAUUUGCUCAAACUACACAGCUAGCUAUGCAGUGCCUACUGUUGGCUUUACUUCCUUCCAUAGUAGUAUGGAGUAUGGGAAUUAACGCAGCUCGGCAAACCAGAGAUGAAGCUCCUCUACCCGAUAUUCAUGCCCUAUCAAAAGAAAUGUUUGGACAAGAGUUGAAAAAACUCGAUCCUGACACGCUGGAAAAAGCGAAAACCCCGGAAGCGCAAAGGCUUUUGAAUGAUGUCAAAGAUGAUGAAGAUCUCAAAAUGUUUGCCGAAUUGGUGCUUUCUGAUUUGGAAAGUGCGAAGAAUGGAGAAAACUCCGAGAAAGACGCUGCUAUAGCAGUCGAUAGAUGGUUAUAUUUUUUACCGCCUGACAAACGAAGCAUAAUGGAGAAUAAAUAUCCUUCUCUGAAGGGAAAAAGGAGCCCUGAUGUAAAAAAGGAAUCUCCACAUGACAUUGGGGACGAAGCAAGAAAAAAACUACUUGAUCGUCUGUCAGAAGAAAUGUUUGGGAAAAAAGUUAAGGAUGUCACCCUUGAGAUCUUGGACGAUGAGAAUAAUCCAACUGUAACACGUACCAUUGAAGCUGUAGGUGACGAUAGCGGUGCCUUGAAUUUUGUGUACGAGAUGAUUAAAUUGAUAGACGGUUACAACAAUGGACUUUACAAACCGGAUCAUCUAGUGGACGGAACUAAGCUCUUUCUAAGACAAUCGGGUUCCGAUGACUUGCUGUUAAAAAUAUUUCCUACUCUUGAAGAGAUUAUAGAUCCUACUAAAAAGCCCAAGCCAAAAGAAACCAAGCCUCCAGAUGCCAGUCAAGGAAAAGACAGGAAAAUAGAAACAACUCAACCCAACAAUGAUCAGGAAAGGAAAGGUGACAAAAGUGGGGAAUCCCAAGGUUCCGGAAUGUUUCCCACUUCAGGAAAAGAUUUCUUUGGAGGAGGCGAAUCAAAAGAAACCGAAUCUGAGAAUGCCAAUCAAGGGCAAGGGAGAAAAAUUGAAACAACUCUACCGAACAAUGAUAAGAAAACCGUGGAAUCGAAAAAAAUUGAAAAUAGUCCAGAAAGAAACCUUCUGGAUCGCUUGUCAGAAGAAAUGUUUGGAGAAAAAGUUGAAGACGUUAAUGACGAGACAAUGAAAAAACCGAAGAAUCCAGUUGCAGAAAACACUGCAGAAGAAGCUAAAAAAGACAAGGGAAUUCGUGACUUUGCCCAUGAGGUGGUUAGUGCAAUGGACAGGACGAACAAAGGCAAGCUCACCCCGAGUCAAGCGUUGGACGGGAUCAGGCGCAUAUUGAAGAUCUCGCCGUCUAAGGAAACGUUGCUCGAGAUGUUCCCUACUCUAAAAGAGAUUGGUGAGACUCAAGUUUAUUCUGACGAUCCUGUUAAAGAAGACGAAUCACAACCUGAAUAUCAUACAAUAAAAACAACUGAACCUAGUGAGCCUGACGAGAAAAAAGUGGAAUCAAAGGAACCUGACAACAGUCCCGACAGGAAGCUUCUGGAUCGCUUGUCAGAAGAAAUGUUUGGAGAAAAAGUUGAAGACGUUAAUGACGAGACAAUGAAAAAACCAAAGAAUCCAAUAGCAGAAAGCACUGCAGAAGAAGCUAAAAAAGACGAGGGAAUUCGUGACUUUGCCGAUGAGGUGGUUAGUACAAUGGACAGUAUGAAUAAGGGAAAACUUGCUCCGAAUCAAGCAUUGGAGGGGAUCAGGCGCGCAUUGGAGGGUUCGCCGUCUAAAAAACUGCUGCUCGAGAAGUUCCCUACGCUGAAAGAGAUUGAAGAAGGGUCGGAACCUACAGAUGCCAUUGAUCAAGAUGAAGGAGAACGUGAAAUAAAAACAACUGUACCUGAUGAGAAAACAGAUGAGUGGAAGGAACCUGAAAGUAGUCCCGAUAAGAAGCUUCUGGAUCGCCUGUCAGAAGAAAUGUUCGGGGGAAAUGUGGAAGACGUCAGUGAUCAGACGAUGGAUGAACCUAACAAUCCGACGGCGCAGAACACAGCAAACGAAGCCGAAAAGGACAAUAACGUUCGCGAUUUUGUGUUCGAGGUGCUUAAUUUGAUGAAAAAGAAGAAAGCGGGAGCAAUAACAUCUAAAUGGGCGCUGAAGGGGAUCGGUCGCUCACUAAAGAAUUCGCCUUCUCAGGGCUUAUUGGUGAAGAAGUACCCUACCCUCAAAGAAAUCACAGAUGUCGGUGAAACAGAAGAGCCGAAAAAUACCGCUGACAAAGAACUUCUUGAUCGCUUGGCAGAAGAAAUAUUUGGAGAAAAAGUGGAAAAAAUCAACGAUAAAACAAUGAGCGAACCGAAGAACCCGACUGCGGAAAGUACGGUGAAGGAAGCCGAAAAGAAUAACGAUGUCCGCGAUUUUGUGUUCGAGGUGGCUGAUUUGAUGAAAAAGGCGGGGGCUGGAAAACUGAGUCCGCAAUGGGCGCUGAAGGGGAUCGGUCGCUCACUAACGAAUUCGCCUUCUAAGGAUGUUAGUGAAACGGAGGAGCCGCAAGAUACGGCUGACAAAGAAGUUCUUGAUCGUUUGGCAGAAGAAAUGUUCGGAGAAAAAAUGAAAGAAAUCAACGAUAAAACCAUGGACAAUCCGAAAAAUCCAACGGCGAAAAGUACGGCAGACGAAGCAGAAAAGAAUAGAGAUGUCCGCGAUUUUGUGUUCGAGGUGGUUGAUCUGAUGAAAAAGGCGGGAGCUGGGAAACUGAGUCCGAAAUGGGCGCUGAAGGAGGUCGGACGCGCGUUGAAGAGCUCUCCUUCUCAGGGCUUGUUGGUGAAGAAGUAUCCUACUCUCAGAGAAAUCGCUGAUGUUAGAGAAACGGAGGAGCCACAAGAUACCGCUGACAAAGAACUUCUCGAUCGCUUGGCAGAAGAAAUGUUUGGAGAAAAAGUGGAAGAAAUCAACGAUAAAACCAUGAACGAUCCAAAAAAUCCAACUGCGAAAAGUACGGCAAGUGAAGCAGAAAAGAAUAACGAUGUCCGCGAUUUUGUGUUCGAGGUGGUUGAUUUGAUGAAAAAGGUGGGAGCUGGGAAACUGAGUCCGAAAUGGGCGCUGAAGGGGAUCGGGCACUCGUUGAAGAAUUCUCCUUCUCAGGGAUUGUUGGUGAAGAAGUAUCCUACUCUCAAAGAGCUCGGUGGUGAAUUUGCC